AUGAGUGAAGAAUUCGUUUCCGCCCUCGUGGAUACUUUGAAUCUUACCGUUGUUCCAGACACCAAGGUGGUUAAGGAAGCUUCCAAUAAGUUGACCAAUGAUUUCUACGGUAACCCAGACUCCUUGCCUGCUAUGAUCCAGAUCUUGACCACCCACCCAGAAAGUCAACUUAAACAAUUGUCCGCUGUCGAAGCCAAGAAGUUAGUUGAAAAGCACUGGGAGGUCAUCGAUGAUUCCAUCAAAAACGCCAUCCGUGACUCGAUUUUGAAGUUCACUUUGGAAGAACAAAAUAGCUUGGUUGCCCACAAUGCCGCUCGUGUCAUUUGCUCUAUCACUGAAGUCGAAGAUUUGUCGGAAAACAAAUGGCCAGAUUUGAUCAAUGUUUUGAUUGCCAACAUUUCUAGCAACGAAAACACCAAAGCCAAGGAAACCUCGGUUUACACUUUAUACAGUCUUUUGGAAGGUUACAACAAUAGUGCUUUGCUCGGUCACGCCGGCGAUUUCAUUGGUCUUUUGAGUCGUACUUUGGAAGACCCAGAAAACUUGCAAAACAGAGUUUACUCUUUCGAAGCUUUGACUUCUAUUGCUUCUUGCUUCGAAGACCCAGAACCAGAAUUGGCUAACCAAUUCAAGAACUUGAUCAACCCAAUGAUCGAUGUUUUGAAGACCACCAUUGAAAAAGACGAUUCUGACAACGCCAGAACUAUUUUCAUUGGUUUCAAUGACUUCCCAUACUUUGACAACAAAUUCGUUGGUGACAACUUGUUUGUGUUGAUCAACAUGUUUGUUGAAAUCGCUAUGAACCAUCAAUUGGAUGAAGACUACAGAAUCAUGGCUUUGCAAUUCUUGAUCAGAGUCAUCCCAAUGAAGAAGAGCAGAAUCAUUAGUAAGAACUUGGGUCCAGAUUUGACUUUGGCCGGUCUUAAGAUUGCUUGUGAUCCAAUUGACGAUGAAGAAGAAUUGGAUGAAAACUCUGAAGAAAAUGAAAACGAAGAAAACACCACUUCUGCUCUUGGUCUUAGAUUGUUGGCUGAAUUGGCCAAUGAAUUGCCACCAAAACAAGCCAUCACCCCAAUUUUCAACGAACUUGGCAAUUUGAUUAACGAUACCCAAAAUGUUUACAGAGUCAGAGCUGGUUUGCUGUCUGUCGGUGUUAUUUCCGCUGGUGCUCCAGAUUUCAUUUCUAACCACUUGUCCAAGUUGAUGCCAUUGUUGGUUCAAGGUUUGAAGAACGAACACCCAAUUGUCAAAUUGGCUGCUCUUAAAACUUUCAACGAAUUGGCUGGUCAAUUGCAAAACAGUUUGGCUGGUUACCAUGAAACCUUGUUGCCUCUUCUUAUGGAAGUUAUUCAAUCCUCCUCUUACCAAAGCAUCUACAAAUAUGCCACUUAUGCUCUCGAUGGUAUUCUUGAAUAUAUGGAACAAGAAGCUAUUGUUCCAUACUUGGAACCAUUGACCAACAAGUUGUUUGAAAUGUUGAACCAAGCUCACUCUUCUUCUUUGAAGACCGCUAUUGUUUCUGCCAUUGGUUCUACCGCUUUUGCUGCUGGUAAGGCUUUCAUUCCAUUCUUCGACAACUCUUUGAAGAUUUUGGAACCAUUGAUUAAGAUCCCAGACUCUCUUGAAGGUUUGACUACCGAUGACAUUGAAUUGAUUGCUUCUACUUUCGAAAACAUUUCUACCGUCGCUAGAGCCGUUGGUGCUCAAUCUUUUGCCAAGUUUGCUGAACCUUUGAUUGGCUCUUCUUAUGUUUGUAUCAGCUCUGAAAACCCAAGAUUGAGAGAAUCUGGUUUCACCUUCAUUAACAACAUGGCCAAGGUUUACGGUGAAGACUUCAGCCCAUUCUUGCCAAAGUUGAUCCCAGCUAUCAUCAAAUGUCUCCAACAAGAUGAAUUGUUGUUCAACACCGGUGAUGACGAAGAAGAAGAAAUUGAAGACAUGGAAGACAUUGCCAAGAACCUUCAAAUCUCUACUGGUAUCACCAUGGAAAAGGAAAUCGCUACCAUUGCCUUGGGUGAAUUGGCCAGUGCUACCAAGAACCACUUUGGUGAAUACGUUGAAGAAGUUGUCAAUGUUUUGUUGGAACAAACCGACUCUUUCACCAUCAAUAGUGUUUGUAUCGGUACUUUGUGGACCAUUGUUAUUGCUUUGUACGAAAACAAUGUCAGCUUGAAGAAGUUCCCAGUCGGUGCCGUUACCGAAAACUACGUUCCAGAUGAACUUUUGAACAUCAUCAAGGCUGUCAGAGAAAAGUCGAUUGAAAUCUUGCAAGAAGAAUACGAAAUCACCACUAUCCACAGUGUUUUGGCCAGUUUGGAAGGGGCUUUCCAAAAGAUUGGUGCUAUCGCCAUCAUGGACAGCGGUGAAUCUGGUUCUUUGGAAACCUUGUGUAUCGAACUCAUGAAAUUGUUGAAGGGUGAACACGCUUCUCAAGGUGAUGAAGAAGACAAGGAAGAAGUCGAAGGCGCUGAUGAAUCCGAAACCGAACUUUUGAUUUACGACACUUGUUUGGACAUUUUGGUUGCUCUUUCUCUUACUUUGGGAAGUGCUUUCAACAGAAUCUUUGCUUCUUUCAAGAGUGUCGUUUACAAGAACUUGACCUCUGCUUCUAACCAAAAGAGAAGUGUCAUUGUUGGUGCUCUUGCCGAAAUUUGUGUCGGUUUGAAGGGUGAAAACGAAUUUGCCAACGAAUUGUUGUCUGAUUUCGUUGAAUUGAUGAACAAGGACUCUUUCCUCAACGUUAGAGGUUACGCUGCUUUCGGUAUUGGUGUUAUCAUCUUCUACUCUGCUGAAGACUUGAGCGCCGCUUACCCAGACAUUUUGAGCUCUUUGUCCAAAUUGUUGACCAAGGCUGAUAAGGAAGCUAAGGCCGAAGAUGACGACGAAACCCAAGACAUCAUUGACCGUUCUUACGCCAAUGCUUGUGGUUGUGUUGCCAGAAUGGCUCUUAAGAAUCCAAACGCUGUUCCACUCAAUCAAAUUGUUCCAGUGUUGCUCGGUCACUUGCCAUUGGUCAACGGUUUUGAAGAAAACACUCCAAUCUUCAACUUGCUCAUCCAAUUGUACCAAUCUAACGCUGCUUUGAUCACUCCAUACAACGCCCAAGUUUUGGAAAUCUUCAAGCAAGUGUUCAAGAAGGAUGAAGAAAGAGAAAAGUUGGAAAGCGAAUCUACUUUGGGUAGAGAACAAAACACCGAAAGUUUGAAACAAUUCCCAGCCGACGGUUUGAAAGAAAAGGUUGUUGAAUUGGUCAAGCACAUUGAAAGCAAAUGA